UAUUAAAUAAUCCAACAAAAUUUUUGUUUUAUCCACGCACACGCACACAUACAACACACCCACGAGUUUCAAAUGCAAAAGAUAUUUUUCAAACAUUCUUUUUCUACCUGACGAUGAAUUUUAUUCAAAAACCGUAAAGGGAAACAAUAUCGUGAAAGGUUCAACCCCUUUUGUCUACCUCACAAUCGUAUAAUAAUCGAAGAAAUAUUAUCUCAUGGAUAAUAGGGGAAAUAAUGAUAGUCUGUAGUUAAUAUUACGAAUCGAUACGAAUUCACCACUUAAACCGUGUGCGUAAGUGUAUACUUAACUUGCUUAUUUAUUAUCACUAGGAAGGAUACAAUUUAAAAUGGAAAUUAUUGGGAUGUACGUACGUAACACAGUAAGAAAAUUUUGAUUUAUUCAAAGAGGGAGGAGUUAACACGUCAGUCAGUCAGUCAAUUCACUUAGUCAGAAUUUCUCAAACGAUUCUUUUACUCGAGGAUUAUUAAUGAACCAUUUUCUCUUCGGAAGGGAAAAUAAGUACAUCAAAGGAAAUGAACAAGUGUUAACAUUCACAGAUAUACAUAAACAGACGUUUUAUAACAGCAUUUGAAGAAGAAGAAGUAGAAGAAAAUGUUUAAAAUAUCCCCUGAAAAAGCAAUUGUUUUUUUAAAAGCCAGCGUCAGUUUGACUGGCUGUUGGCCAACCUCAUCAAAAACAUAUUCUCGUAUCAUUUUAUUCGAACUUUUAUGGUACAUUUUAUUAGCCAAUAAUUUAUUUCUUUUAUUCCCAUUGAUCAAUGCAACUUAUGAAAACCGUGCCGAUACCAUACUUUUGACCAAAUCAAUUUGUUUGUCUUGUGCUGUUGCACAAAUCACUUUUAAAAUGAUAUUAUGUCGUCAUGAACGUCCUCGAUUUCAAGUAAGUUGAUUUUCUUGUGUUGAAUUUAUCUUUAUUAUAGACACACACACACACACACACAACACAUUAUUCGUGGUAGAUCGAUAUAAUAAAAAAUCAUGUUAGUUAUCUUAAAUAAUAUACGCGGAUGGAUUGAAAAGUAUGGAGAUUAACACACGAGAGGGAUUAAAAUAUUCUGAGCUUUAUGAUUUUUCGUUUGUCAUGUUAGGUUCAAAACUUUUCAACCCAUCCACUCAAAUGUGUUAGAGAUCAGUUAAACGAAAUAUGAAAGAUUGUAGCAUUAGUUGUGUAAGAGUAUGAAUAGGGGUCCGAGUAAAUGUAAGCACUACUACAUAUACCGUAUGCAAUCAGGCGUCGAGUUUAUGAAAAAAAAAAUUAUGAAUUACGCUAAAUUAACGAACUUCCUGACUUAAUUACGCCCACCUUAUAGUUGUGUCUGUGUUAAUAUAAUAUAAAUUUAAUAAAAAUAAUUGCAAUAAAAAAUGUAGACAAAUAAAUGUAAUCUAUUAGUACACAAAACCAGAGUUAAAUACGGAAGUUAAACUUAAAAUGAAUGUAUUACCUAUAUACACAUACACACACAUAUACAAACACUGGAUUUUUCAUUUUUGUAAUAAUUCACUUAUUUAAUAUAAUUUUAUUAAUUAAAUGUCUUGUUUUUUGUUUAUUUCAGUCGUUGCUGUUAGAUUUGGAAAAUUCUUGCAAAACUGAUACCAACGAUGAGAAAAUUAUUCUCGAAAGAUUUAUAGACAAAUGCAAAUACGUUUAUGUAAUUUACACGAGUUUAUGUUAUUUAACAGCUUUCAUCGUUAUCUGUAGUCCAUUGUACACGAAUCAAAAAUUUCCAACGACUGCUAAAUAUCCCUUUGCUGUCGAUUAUUCACCUAUUCGUGAAAUAAUAUUUCUGCAUCAGAGUUUAGUAGGUUUGCAGGUAUCAGCUGGUAUGUGUAUCGAUUGUAAAUUGGCUGCACUUCUUUGGUACGUUGCUGCUAAAUUCGAAGUACUGUCAAAGGAUAUAAGAGAAUUUAAAAACAUGGAAGAAUUGAAUGCUUGUAUUACGAGACAUCAGGAAGUGCUCAGGUAACGAACGAGAACGUGACAUUGCAUCGUUUAAGAAAAAAGUACUUCAUUACAGGUACGCAGGUGAAACCAAAGAUGUUAUUUUGUAUUUGGUUUUAACUACGAUACUAACGACUACCAUGGGUACUAUAUUUGCUGGUUUAAAUAUCGUCGAUCAACAACCAUUGGCAGUUAAAAUACAAUACGUCUUCGUCGUGUUCGUUGCAAGUGCAGAACUCUUCAUUUAUGCUUGGCCUGCUGAUAAUUUAAUAAAUGUGAGCAGUAACAUCUCUUGGGACGUAUACAAUUCGAAUUGGUUAAAAAGUAGUCCUUCUGCAAGAAAAAAUCUUAUACAGUGUAUCAUCAGAUCGCAGAAAUCUGAAACAAUUCACGUUGGAAAAAUAAAGAUGCCAUUGUCUUUUCAAUAUUAUGCUUCUUAUUUGACUUCAUCUUUCUCUUACUUCACCAGCUUGAGAGCUGUACUUAGAAAAAGAUACGAUUAGAUCAUUUAGAAAAAAACGAAAGAAAACUAACUCAAUAUAUUUGAUCUGUUAAAAUAAUUUCUUUCUCAAAAGCAUUAUUACCUUAGUUGCAUUCCUAGUUUGCUUGUCCUCAAAUCUGUUAAAUUUCAAUAUUAAAUAAAAGAUGGACACUUCUGUACAAUAAAUAAAAACUAAGGAAUAAUAUGAAACACAA